UCAAUUUUAUAUUUGUAUACUUUUUCUUCUAAAAAUAGUACUCCAAAUGGGAAUAACCUCUUUGUAUUUCUCAAGUUUCUUUAUUUUCUGUCUUCUGUUUCUCCCUUUAUUUUGUAUAUCCGAACUACCUCAAAUCGUCACCAUUGAUGUCCAUGCUGCUAGUCAUCUUCUCCGCUCCGGCCAUAGCUAUAUCGAUGUCAGGACAAAGGAAGAAUUUAACAAAGGACAUGUUGAUGUAGACAAUUGUUUCAACAUUCCUUAUUUCUUCAUCACCUCACAAGGGAGGGUGAAAAAUCCUGAAUUCUUAAAGCAAGUUUCAUUAGUUUUCAACAAAGAUGAUCAUAUCAUAGUGGGAUGUCAAAGUGGGGUUAGAUCUAUCUACGCAACCACUGAUCUUCUUGAAUCAGGUUUCAAGCAUGUAAGCAACAUGGGAGGAGGAUAUGUUUCGUGGGUGGAGAAUGAGCUUUCAAUCAAGGAAUCAAAACAAGAGUUGUAAAUUUUCUCAUGCUUUUUAAGUAAAAGAAAAAGAAAAGAAUUAAGUUGUCACAAUUAAUUUGUAUAGUGGCAGCUGUGCUAGUAUUUUUACUCUCUGUUUGAAAUAGAGUAAAACAAGUUGUCAA